CAGCUUGCCACACUUCUUUUUGCUUUUGGAUUUAAGAGACUUGAAUAUUAACUUUUAAGUGCUGAAGGGAAGGAGUAGAGAGAAAAGUAAAAAUGGAGAGCUUGUUUGAAGGCAACGGGCUCCGUGACUUAUGGUUGAAGAUAGUCACCAAGACAGGAGAGCGAUUUCAUCUGCUGCACCAGAUAGGAAGAAGCAGAGAUGAGAACCAAGGACUGGGGGAGGAAGCCAUGCCUACUUGGGGGGCUGGCUCCCCGCCUCCCGACCGCUUUACGGUGUCUGCAGAGGCAGAGGCCAAGGUCCGGGCCGAGCAGGCCCAUUUGGAGCGCAUCUUCCGCGUGGGGGUGUGCAUCCUCCCCAAGGACUGCCCAGAGAACCCGCACAUCUGGCUGCAGCUGGAAGGCUCCAAGGAAAACAUCGGCAGAGCCAAGGAGUACCUGAAAGGUCUCUGCAGCCCAGAACUGCAGAAUGCAAUCCACUACCCACCCAGACUGCAUUGCAUCUUCGUGGGAGCCCAGGGCUUCUUCCUUGACUGCCUGGUUUGGAGCACAUCAGCCCACCUGGUUCCUGGGGUACCCGGCUCACUGAUGAUCAGUGGACUAACUGAGGCCUUUGUCAUGGCUCAGAGUCGCGUAGAGGAGCUUGUGGAGCGGUUGAGCUGGGAUUUACAGACAGGCUUGUAUCCCACCACUUCUCAGAAUGCUGGAGUGCUGAGGGAAUUCUCUGCCCUGCUGCAGCCCAGGGAGGAUGCCCACACAGAAGCCCUGCUGCAGCUGCCCUUGGCUGUCCAGGAGGAGCUGCUGAGUUUGGCGCAGGAGGCGUUCAUGGGGCAGGGGCCGUUGGGUGUUCUGCACCAGGGAGUCAGAGCUCCCCUGAGUGAAGGCAGGGAAUCUCUGGAUGCUGGCUGUGUAGGGCAGGGAGAGUCAAAGGGGGCCAGUGGAGUCAGUCAUACCAUGGAGAAGAAUAUAGGGAAACAGGGCGGUCCCAGGGAGAUGGAUCUGUGGUUUAAGGAGCUACUUGGGGAAGAGGCUUGGGAGAAAGAAGCAACUUUCAGGUCACAGCCAGCAGGUGGAGGGGUAGGGGGCAUGGGGUGCCUGAAAGGAAUGGCCUUGGCGGGGGAAGGGGUGACUCAGGAAAGAGGAGGAUUUAGUGUCCAGGGUGAGCCUCCUGGUCCUCAGGGGCCUUGUCAGAGGUCAGCUCAGUCCCGGGGAGCCUCUCUCCUCCAGCGGCUCCAUAAUGGGGAGGCCUCACCUCCAAGAGUGCCUAGUCCCCCACCUGCGCCUGAACCCCCGUGGCCCUGUGGAGAUCUCGGAGAUCUAGGAGACAGGGGAGAUAAGCAGCAGGGUCGAGGUCGAGGAUCUUCGGGGAAACGGGGCACCCGUGGAGGCAACUUGGUGACUGGCACUCAGCGUUUUCAAGAGGCCCUGCAGGAUCCUUUUACCCUGUGCCUUGCCAAUGUGCCUGGCCAGCCAGACCUCCGUCAUAUUGUCAUCGAUGGCAGCAAUGUGGCCAUGGUCCAUGGCCUCCAGCACUACUUCUCUAGCCGUGGCAUUGCCAUUGCUGUUCAGUACUUCUGGGACCGUGGACAUCGUGACAUAACUGUCUUUGUACCUCAGUGGCGCUUCAGUAAGGAUGGCAAGGUUAGAGAAAUUCAUUUCCUGCAAAAGCUACACUCACUCAGCCUGCUUUCCCUCACGCCCUCGAGAGUCAUGGAUGGCAAGAGGAUUUCCUCCUAUGAUGACAGGUUCAUGCUGAAGUUGGCUGAAGAGACCAGUGGAAUCAUUGUCUCCAAUGACCAGUUCCGGGACCUGGCGGAGGAGUCUGACAAGUGGAUGGCAAUCAUCAGAGAGCGCCUGUUGCCCUUCACUUUUGUGGGAAACCUCUUCAUGGUUCCUGAUGACCCACUGGGUCGAAACGGGCCCACCCUGGAUGAGUUCCUGAAGAAGCCAGCCAGGAAACAGGUGUCUUCUAAGGCUCAGCCUACUUCCAAGGGCUUUUCAGGACACAGCAAUCAGCAGCAGGGGAAGGAAGAGGAAAAAGGCAGUGGUGGCAUUCGGAAGACUCGCGAGACAGAGCGGCUCCGGCGCCAGCUGUUGGAGGUGUUCUGGGGCCAGGAUCACAAGGUGGAUUUCAUCCUGCAGCGGGAACCAUACUGCAGGGACAUUAACCAACUGUCUGAGGCCCUGCUGAGUCUCAACUUUUGAGCCUUACCCGCCUGUGUGACUGCUGCCCUGUUAGCUCCAGGUUCCCCCAGCUCAGCACCUUCCGUGAGAGUCCCUGUGCUGCUCAGACUCUGGCCUAGAGUCACUCUGAGAUGGUUCUUUGGGUCAAGGAAGGACCGGGAAGAGCAUUCCAGUGAAGGAAAAGUUUUUGUCCGGUCAUUUUGGGGACAGGUUCAGAAAGUGACCUAAUCUCAAGUCAGAACUCCAAACAGCUCUCAACAGGUUCCACUCACCUGUAACUUCCCAAUCUUGCUUUAACAAUCUUGCUUUCUGUAAAUAGGGGGCUCCUAGAAAAGAUAAAUCAUGGAGAUUGGGACCACUGGCUGAGUCGGGGUAGAGGCUAGGGUAACCCAAGGUUGGCAGAAAAACUGGGACUUUCCUCCCCCUGGCUGCUGUUCUGUGGGAGGACAGAUUGAAAUUGCAGGCUGGGCAUGUCAGAAGGAAUGCUGGCCUCUUGAGGGGCUGUCAUGUUAGGCAGAGGGUGACUGGCUUCCAGUCUCACUGUGGCUGUCUGUGGCUUUCAUGGAGCUGCUCAGCUUGUCCUCCAGCCUAUAAUCAAGAGUAAGAGUGCCUGUCAGGGGAAGGCAUGGGAAUGCAGAGGAGAGCUUGGAGGAAAAGUGCUUGGACCAAGUCUCAGGUGUGUCUGCCUGUGACUGCACAGGCUCCUGACCAAAACUUUGCUCUCAGAGUGACGUGGGUCACUCACGUUCAGGUUCCACGCCUUAGAUUUUCACACUGUGUCCUCAGAAUGCCAUGCCAAAUAAUGGCUGCAUCCCUUUUGGUAAGCUCUCAGAACCCACAUUUAUAAAAUAGUUAAGUUAGGGGUGACUGCAUUAUCAAAAAUACUCUCAGGGUUCCUAUAACUGGCAGCUCUCCUGUUGCAUCAAGUGUUUGUUUACAGAUUAACAGAUAUGUCAGGAUGUCACUGGUUUGGUCCUUUUGUUGAAGCACUGGGAAUAUUCACCAAAUCCAUGAAGCCAUGCUCUGCAAUGAUGUUAAUGUGAUCUGAGCUAACAUUUUAAUGUGAUCUGAGCUAACAUUUUCUUUACAAAGACCUAAGUGGUAUAAGUUGAGGCACUUCGCUUUGAAAAUGGUGCAUGUGUGCACAGGUGUGCUUGUAUAUGUACCUGACAGGGCACCACACUAAUUCCACUAACACACAUGACAUCCUGUCUCAGAGCUGAUUCUUAUAGGUCAUUGCCUUGUAUCUGCUUGAAUUUUCUCAGUGCUGAGAAUCUAUUACCUGCAAGAUAGCACAUUUCUUACAUGGACAGUAUUCAUUGGUUGUCCUUUCUCUAGUGUAGUUGCUUUUCUGUUACCUUUGAAGCUGGUCAUUCCCUCAGGCCCACAUCAUCCUAUCUUUGUGGAGACCUAUCAUUCUUGGAGACAGUAAACUUCCUAGUGUCUUAGGCCAGAUGAGAGGUCAGGACAGGUGCCCCUGGCUUUGUUCUGUUUGGGUCCUAUAGCACAUUCCAGAUUAAGAUCCUUUUUAGGCUCUGACUUCUCCCCUGAAUGGCAGGGAAUCAAGCAUGCAGAGCUGAACAGUGAGGGAGGGUCCCCAGGACCCAGUGUCUUUACCCUUUUACUUGCUGGUGCUUUAUAUUGCUAGUUGGUAUUGACUCAGGCUGGAGGUAUGCAUGGUUGAUACAGGCUGGUCAGUGAGUUGACAGUGACUCAAGCAAUCCAUAGUGCCCUGGGAAGAAAUAGGACUGGAUAAGAUGGUCUAAAGUACUGGCUAAUGAACUACUUUUGGUUAAAUUGUGGCAGACAUCACACUUUAGGUAGAUGAAAAGGGUCCCAGAUGAAUACUUGGCACUUAUUUUUUCCUGAUAGGGUUGAACUUGUAGCCCAUGUCUGACUCCCUGCCCUUUUCAGUCUCCAUGAUGGUGGACCUACACUUGGUCAGAGGGAUCUUCUGCCCUUUUGUACUAAGGAGCCUUGUGGAUGGAAGUGGCUCCAGUUAGAUGAGCAGAUCCUAGGGGCUGGAUUUGUCCUGCUGCAGUUUGAUAAACUGGGACUAAUGUGAUUGCUUUUGGGGGGGGUACCAGGAAUUGAACUUGCGAUCUUGCACUUGCCAGGCAAGCACUUAGGCCACUGAGCUAAAUCCCUAGCCCUGUGAUUGCUUUUUAAUUCACUGGUAUUUGGUGACACAGACUGAAGGCUGACCUAUAUAUAGUAGGGCCUCAUUUCUUCUUGGGGUAGCAUUCCUGAUGGCAUGUACUUUGUGUACAGAUGUGCAGGGUCAUCACAUAACUCACUGGAAAUGGGUCAUUGUUUGUUCUAUCUUCUAAUCUUUACCCUUAUCAUAACUUCAUGCUUUAUACUUGUGAUCAGUCCUUUUGAUAAAGAGGAACCAAAAAGGGAAAGGAAGAGGAGAGCUGUUGCUACUGUAAUUAAAAAACCUCGUGCUGGGAACUGGGGAUGUAGCUCAGUGGCAUGGCACCUGCCUGCUAAGUGUGAGGUUCUGAGUUUAUUCUGUAUACUCCACCCCACCCCCCAAAAACAGCAACAAAAAACCCAUGCCGGGAAAAAUACAGAGCAACAGUCCUUGCAUAAAUUCUAGGAGAAUCUAGAAAACAUGAGCUGGAACCAGUUAGAUAAUUUAUCUUUAUUGCCAAAGCUGCAGAGUACUCUACACAGCACAAAGAUUUGGGGCAACAAUGUGAUACAGAGAAACUAAACUUAGAAAUUUUCCUACAGGGACUCAAAGAGGUUAAGUUCCCAACUUGAUGAGAUACAGCUGUGAGACUGGAGAAUUUCUUAGUUAAAUAAGGGGUGCGGGAUCUGACACAACAAUGGGGAAAAGAGGAAUGGGAGAGGAACCCUGAAGAACCAGAUAGUUUCUGAUAGAUCUGACCUGAGGCUGUUCACAGUACCUAACCAGGGAGCCUCUGGCAGGGGACAGGCCUAGGCCCCUGCCAUGAGCUUCUUUAGGCUACGACUUCCUUUAAGGCAGCCCCCAGCUCUGGGAAGGAAUACUGGUACCCAGUGGCCAGUGUUCGCCGGGGGACCACUUUCUGGCCCUCCAGCAGCAUGACGGCACGUUCCCGCCCAAAGACAGCUUGUACCACAGUGCUGGGGACAGGGAUGAAGGCUGGGCGGCCCAGGGCAGUGCCCAAGGCUUGAGCAAACUCAGCAUUGGUAGUGGUGGAGGCUGGAGCCACGCCAUUGAGGACUCCCUGCACAUGGUUUGCUUCAAGGGCAUGGAUCAGGAUUCCUGCCAUGUCCCUGAUGUGAAUCCAGGGAAAGAAUUGGCGGCCUGAGCCGAUGGGGCCCCCCAGGCCCAGCCGGAAGGGUAGGAGCAUAUGGCCAAUGGCACCACCUCCAUGGCCCAGCACAAUCCCUAGAAUAGGGAGGUGUAUUGUACAGGGAGGGCUCUCAGCUUGGAAGCAGUCUGACUAUUCCUCAUAGUUUCCCCUUUUUUAUUCUUUUCCCACAUGGACUCUGCUUUGUACUAGAGUUGAGGAAUGUGGCUCUCCUUGGGACUUCCCAUCCUCCCCUCUGCAGGUUUUCCAGAAGUGAUAGCAUCCUCUCACUCUCUGUAAGCACAACUCCCCUGGUUCUACUCCACCCUCCCUAGCCCAGUGAAGCCACGCCACCAUCUGCUACCAGGUUACUUGGUUCUCACCUGAGCGCACCACUACCUGUCGUGUAGAAUCUCCUGGAAGCCUGGCUGCAGCUUCCCAUUUGGUCACAAGGUUGGAAAAGAAGUCAAAAUCUCCUCCUGGGCUGUCUUCAUCAUACUCUGCAGUCAGGCUGGGCUGGUAGUAAGCUGUCAGUGGAAGAAUGCUCAUUUAUGCUGGGUCCUGCCUGGGCCUUUGUGGUCAGGGUUCCAUUUAGCCUCACCCUUUGUGGUCCUUGGGUAUUUUUAUGCACAUUUCCCCCUUGAGCUUCUCUAUGACCUGACGGGCUUCUUUUGUAAACUCCUUUCCUUUGUCUGCAGGCUACACCCAGAGGCUGCUAAACUGUAGUGGUUAGAAACAGAAACCUGGGUGCCAGGCUGCUUGGGUUUUAAUUUCAGCUCUGCUAUUUCUUAGCUUUGUGACUUUUGGUAAAUUACUUUUCUGUGUGGAAUUUGUGCAUCUUUAAAAUGGGACAAUAGUACCUACCUCAUAGGGUUGUUGCAAGGAUUAAAUGAUAUAAUAAGUCUAAAA